CCGGCCGGCCGGAAGGGGUGCCUGCCUAACCCCGCCGUGUGACAAAGGAAGUCCCGCCUCCGUCGCGCCACCGACACCAGGGACGCUAGCGAUCCCUGAGCCGGUCUUGGAGGGGCGGGCAGAUUUGGUUCUGGAGCUGCCAUGAUUGAAGUGGUAGCUGAGCUGAGUCGAGGUCCUGUAUUUCUGGCCGGGGAGGCUCUGGAGUGUGUGGUGACGGUCACGAAUCCCCUGCCCCCGACCGCCACUUCUGCAUCCAGUGAGGCUCUGGCCUGGGCCAGUGCCCAGAUCCACUGCCAGUUCCAUGCCAGUGAGAGCCGAGUGGCACUGCCACCCCCUGACUCUAGUCAGCCGGAUGUCCAGCCUGACAGCCAGACUGUCUUUCUGCCACACCGAGGUGAGAGGGGUCAGUGUAUCCUUUCCACCCCACCAAAAAUUCUGUUUUGUGACCUGAGGCUAGAGCCUGGAGAGUCCAAAUCAUACUCCUACAGUGAAGUGCUGCCCACAGAGGGACCACCUUCCUUUCGGGGCCAGUCAGUCAAGUAUGUCUACAAACUGACCAUUGGCUGCCAGCGUGUCAAUUCACCCAUCACUUUACUCCGAGUCCCUUUGAGAGUUCUUGUCCUGACUGGUCUUCAAGAUGUUCCCUUCCCCCGGGACGAGGCUGUGGCUCCAUCCAGCCCGUUCUUGGAGGAGGAUGAAAGUGGGAAGAAGGAUUCAUGGCUAGCCGAGCUAGCUGGGGAGCGCCUCAUGGCUGCCACCUCCUGCCGCAGCCUCCAUCUGUACAAUAUCAGUGAUGGCCGAGGCAAAGUUGGAACAUUCGGUAUCUUCAAAUCUGUGUACAGACUCGGCGAGGACGUGGUGGGGACCUUGAACUUAGGGGAAGGAACUGUAGCUUGUUUGCAGUUCUCGGUAAGCUUGCAAACCGAAGAGCGAGUGCAGCCUGAAUAUCAGCGGCGCCGUGGGACAGGAGCUGCCCCUUCAGUGUCUCAUGUGACUCACGCCCGGCACCAGGAGUCCUGCCUACAUACAACUAGAACCAGCUUCUCUCUCCCCAUCCCUCUCUGCUCCACCCCUGGCUUCUGCACUGCCAUCGUGUCCUUGAAGUGGCGGUUACAUUUUGAAUUUGUAACAUCGCGAGAACCGGGACUGGUACUUCUGCCCCCAUUGGAGCAGGCUGAGCCUGUGACCUGGACAGGGCCUGAGCAGGUGCCUGUAGACACCUUCAGCUGGGACCUCCCCAUCAAAGUGCUGCCUACAAGCCCCACCCUGGUCUCCUACGCUGCUCCGGGCCCUAGCACCAGCAGCAUAACUAUCUGAAACGGGCUCCCAUGUCCACCGUAUCUCAAGAUACUGAGAACUCAACCCCUGGACUCCUGUGGGGCCCACUUUCCCCACCUGGGGCCCAGCAGCCCAGGCAAUGAGAAACAGGCUUUCAGCUGUAGCAUUAACUUAUUUAUUUGGAGUAAAUUGGCAGCUGCUAGUGGUUUUCCUGGAAGUGGCAGCAGCAGUGAGCCGUCAGCAGAUGGGUGAUCCUUCAGCUGGAGUGGGGAGCAGGAGCCCCAGGAACAGGGGUGUUAGCGGAGCCCCAUUCUAAGUCAGGUCCUCCCCCUUUGCAGGGCAGCUGAGGGUCAGAUUUUUGCACCAGGGAAAACUGACAAGUUCCUGCCUCCUGGCGCACUUCACACCCCGCGGGGAAGUCAAUGGGAUGCUGGGACCUAGAGAACCAAAGAUUGGGAGAUUUAGUACAGUGAAAAAGCCACCUUUAUGGCCUGCCUUCCCUCUCGGAGCCGCCCUUCCAUAUCCUCGUUCCGUUCCCCUCCU